AUGGAGCUGAUGUCGAAAAGACUACCUCAGAGGGGCAAACACCCUUACAUCUCGCUGCCUCACAGGGACUUCUUAAGUCAAGGAGCUGAAGUGAAUAGAGAGGAGAAAGAUGGUAGUACUGCAUUACACAUUGCAUCUCAGAAUGGUCACCUUGAUGUCACCAAACAUCUCAUCAGUCAAGGAGCUGAUGUGAAUAAAGGGAAUUAUAAUGGUUGUACUGCAUUAUACAUUGCAGCUCAGAAUGGUCAUCUUGAUGUCACCAAACAUCUCAUCAGUCAAGGAGCUGAUGUGAAUAAAGGGAAUUAUAAUGGUAGUACUGCAUUAUACAUUGCAGCUCAGAAUGGUCAUCUUGAUUCUCAGAAUGGUCAUCUUGAUGUCACCAAACAUCUCAUCAGUCAAGGAGCUGAUGUGAAUAAAGGGAAUUAUAAUGGUAGUACUGCAUUAUACAUUGCAGCUCAGAAUGGUCAUCUUGAUAAUGGUCACCUUGAUGUCACCAAACAUCUCAUCAGUCACGGAGCUGAUGUGAAUAAAGGGAAUUAUAAUGGUUGUACUGCAUUAUACAUUGCAGCUCAGAAUGGUCAUCUUGAUGUCACAAAACAUCUCAUCAGUCAAGGACUCAGAAUGGUCAUCUUGAUGUCACCAAACAUCUCAUUAGUCAAGGAGCUGAUGUGA